UGUAUGUAUGUAUAAUAAUAUUGUUUUCAAGAUGUCCACAUGCACUCGCUUCACCGGCAUACAUUCCUUAAUAUCAGCAACCCGAUGUAAAGAGUAUAUACCUACCUAAUCCCGCGAAUCAGUAACCGAUCUCCUAAGCAUGGGUUUCUUUUCUAUCAUCUCCGCUUUGCGUACGCUCCUCGUUUUUCUGCCGGCUGCGGCGAGUUUACAACUACCGCGCGCGAAACCACCGGCGUUCUUCCUCGCUGGCGAUUCCACGACGGCUGUCGUGGGAGGUUGGGGCAGGGGACUUCUGAAUCCUCUGAUCGAGCCCGCUUGGGGGAUUAAUUUCGGGUUGAGCGGUGCUACGACUGAGUCCUUUAAGGCGAGGGGAUACUGGGGUAAUCUCACGGAGCAUGUGAGAAGGUAUGCGGCGACGAAUGAUGCCUAUGUUACGAUUAGUUUUGGACAUAAUGAUCAGAAAGCCGAUAGUGGUGUUUCCUUCGAGUUAUACCAGCAGAACUUGAUUGACUUCGCGAACGAAGUGAAAUCACUAGGCGGUUCACCGCUCCUCGUAUCCUCCCUAACCCGCCGCGUCUUCCCUCGCGACCAACCCCACAACGCCACGGACUCACUGCACGCGCAACGACUAGCAGCCCUGCACGCCGCGGACGUGACGAACUCCACUGUCGUCGAUCUGAACGCCGCGAGCCUGGCGUACGUCGACGCCAUCGGCCGGGACGCCUCGUGGGAAUACAAUUACAGCGGCGACGACUAUACCCAUCUGAACCCGUAUGGAGAGGUCGUGUUCGGACGCAUGGUGGCUGAUUUGAUUGUUCGCGCGAAGCCGGUGUUGGAGAUGUGGAUUGCGCCGAAUGAGACGCUGAGUUAUGCGCUUUGGAAUAAUUUGCCUGCUUGAUGGGGGGAGUGCGAGGAAGGGAAUGGGGUCGUGGGUAUGUGUUGUUGGUGCAACGAUUGGUUUCGUGUUGCGUUUCUGAAAUACUGUCAAGGUGGCAUAAUAGCAAGCGACAUGAAUGAAAAGAAAGGCUCCAAGUGUAUGUAUGUAGGAUGCUGCUCAUUAGCAUUAGUUAUGUGUCAUUAUACUGAAACUCGAAUCCCGAUCCAAUCUAUCAUAUGGAUAAAACGAAGACGAUGAUCGGGAUAAGCACAGUUUUCACAUGUAUUUCAUAUAUAUCAACCGGUUUAAGCAACGGGAAGGAGUCGGAACAGAA